AUGAAGUUGACCACAAAGAAUGGGAAUGUUGUGAUAUUAAAAGGUCUGAUCGAUGAUGAGACUAGAUGUAAACAUUAUCAUAAUGAAAAUGAUAUAAUUGCCAUCAAGUUCAAGUGCUGUAAUAUAUAUUACCCUUGUUACCAAUGUCACAUUGAAUUUAAUGACGCAGGCGGGUCAUUUGAUGGCAGUGAAAUUCCUACCAGUGAUGGUGAUAAUUCUGUUACAACAGAGCCACAUCCUAUUGAUAGAUGGAAUAAACAUGAUCUUAUUGAUGAACCAGUGAUAUUAUGUGGCAAAUGUAAGAAAGAAAUGACAUUCAAUGAAUAUAGUUCGUUAGUAUGUGAAUGCGGAGGUCAAUUCAAUCCUGGGUGCAAAUUACACUACGAUCUUUAUUUCGAUAUGAAAUAA